AUGUCUAGGUGCUCUUAUUCCCAUCUUCGGCUGCUCCCGAAGCGACCACUUGUCCAGCGCGCUGCGUCGUCGCAGCCGCCGCUCCGCCAUGUCUCUGUCAACCAUCAUGCCAAACGCAAGACUCCAUUCCUUGAGCCCACGCCAUCUCAACUACUCCGAUUUGCAUUGACGGGGACUACACAGCCAGUCCAGAAUGGGACACGGAAUCCCGAGUUGGACCAACAACUUCAGGACCUCUUCCUUGAGGAGUGGCCGUUCAAUAGUGCGCCUCCGCCAUCAUGGGGGUCUUUCUUGCAGAAAGGAACAGGGUUGAACCCCAAGGUGUUGCUCAAAGGUCUUCGACAUGAUGUUCGAAGUCUCCGGCAUCUACAGACUUUUCUUGAACGAAAUGUGAAUGUGGCAGGAAGUGGCGCGCUUUUGCAGACGGAGAGUUGCAAGCCUCUGGCACAGACCCUCGAACGAUGCGAGCGUUUUGACUCGUAUAGGGACAUCCUGACAGCUAUCAAUGGAAUAAUUGCCAGGAUCAAAAGACUACGUGAUCCUGUGAACAGUGAACUCUAUGUUCUGGGCAUGCGUUAUGCCUGUUCCUGCCUUUCGGUGCCGGCUCUCAAGUACCAUCUUGAGGGCUACCAUAAAGCUGGCUUUCGGAAGUUGGAUACAGAAACGAGUGUCGUUUUGAUCAAAUCGCUUCUUUCGUCUUUGCAUUCCAUGCAGUCCGAAGACCCAGGUUUCAAUACAAGCCCUAUACUCGAUUUAGUCAUUGGAGGGGGCAGCGAGCAAGCCUCGCAGUACAAUUUGCAUGAUAUUCUGUGCUGGGCUGGACCUGAAGGUUCAAUAGAAUCCAUCGAUGAGUAUGUCCCGUUACUCAUGAUGCAACGGAGCGAUGCAUCCUUGCACAGUGUGUGGAAUCGAUUAUUGCUGGCAAUAUCUCCUGCUUCGUCUUCCCGUACAUUCCAAUCGGCAUAUGCUUGCAUGAUGGCCAUGAUAGACACUGCGAAACCUGAGACUGCCGUAAAAUAUCUAAGGCAGAUAUCUAAGCGCGCCGGUAAUACUCUACCAGGCAUAUCGCAAUUCGAAAAAUUGGGUGUUUUGCUUUCUGAUACAAAGAUCUGCGAAGUUCUGCCCGACCUUGCUGGGGAGAAAGAGUACUUGAACGUCCUCGAUAACCAGCUUGGAUAUCUUGAGAAAAGGCUCGGCAUCAAUUGGCAACCUGAAAAAUCGCUUCAUGCCAGUGUGUCUGAUCCAGACUGUAUUGCCACCGGGCAGUCACUUAUCACGAUCGAUGGAGACAGCGCUGGUUUCGACAGCAGUAGUCGCUUGGUUUCAGAAAUCCAGGUUCUAGGAUGUUCAAGAUCCUCCAUGGAUCUCGGUAGAAUUGCGUACUUGCUAGAUGAGCAUGAAGGGAGUGAGAUACCAGUCUCUUUGCCAACUUCGGGUCAUACAUCGUACGAAUUUGUGUGGCUCCCACAGCGCUCACCAAUCGAGUUUUCAAAUUGCUUACUGCCGGGGAAGACCGAUAUGUCUGCGCCAUGGUCUAACGCUACUUUGGGCCUGAUCCAAGCCAAACUUGUCCGUGACGGAGUCGUGGCAAGCGAUCGUUCGUUACACUUGAUGCAGCUUGGCUACUUGGUUAUGCGAACUGCGCCGCAGGAUAAGGCUGUUUCCGAAAAGCAAGGUGCAUGGCAAGAAUCGGGACACAUUGUUGCUUGGGAUCGCACUGGUGGCCAAUUCCUCGCCGUUUUUAUUGGACAGGGCUAUGGAGUGGUUGACCCCGGUUUACGAUCUCAAUCCCGGCAAAUUCCAUCUGGUCUCGGUGCCAUUGCGAGAAUCACCCUUUCUGGCGAUAUAGAUACACCAUCACCUGCAAAUAGUGCACCUUCACUGGGAGCGAACAGCGCGGGCUAUCAUUUUGACGUGGACCCAAGCCCAGAUUUAGUAUUCUGA